GACGUAAGUGGGAAAAAAAAGUGUGUAUAGCGCUAAGAAAAUCUGCCUGCGGGCGCUCUUGCUUGUCUGUAGACAAAUUAGUUCACUGCCAGGGAACAAACUAGGCUAGUCAUUCGUUUUGUCCUACAAGUUAGCGUCCGUUGUUGCAACAUAAAACGGCCUUUGCUCUGUGUCUUCUUCGCUGUCUAUUACCAGCCUGUCAGGAUGCCUGUUCGGAUGGAUGAUGUGAUGCGUUUAGCUUGUCAUCUUGCAGCAGAGAGAAAAAUGAAAGCUGCAGUUAAGGGUUCUGCAAAAGGUGCAAUGGUAGCUGGUGCUGCAGCCUUUGCUGGGGGCCUUUUGGGUGGUCCACCUGGAUUGCUGUUGGUAGGUGGUGUUGUCGGUGGGCUUCUUGGUGCAUGGAUGACAAGUGGACAGUUUCAGCCACUGCCUCAGAUUAUAAUGGAAUUACCUGCUGUUCAAAGGCAGAAACUCUGUGAUGAAAUAUUUGCUAUUGUCCGACAUUUAGACUGGGUAGAUGCAGCCCAGCUGAUUGCACUAGUGAUGGGGAAUGCAGCCCUUCAGCAGAGUGUGGCAGCUGCAUUAGUUUCAUUUGUCUCUCAACAGUUGAAGGCAGAAGUGCAGUAUGGAGACUAAUUUAGUCUUGACUUUUUGAACUGUCAUUCUGUGACUAUAGUGUUUGGAACUGUAAAGUGUUCACAUUUAUGAAGUAAUAUGUGCUGCAACCAAAACAAAAAAGGUUGCAGAAAUUGGUUGCCAUAUUGGAAAGUAGGUUUAGUACUGAUGUUUCAAAGACUUAAUUUAUACAGGUGAGUGUUUAAAAUACCUGCUGUGAGGCUGUGCUGUCACAUACCACUUGAUGGUUUCCUGCGUUCACUUCACUGCAUCUGGAAACUCCAGUCUUACAACAUCAUAGAGAUAAAGUGAUGUUUUGCCAGCCAUCUGCAUUUUGGUACACUUUGUCAGGUAAUUUAAAUGUGUUUAAAACUUACUGAUAUUCAAGAAUUUAUCCCAGCAGUGUGGCUAGCCACCCGGCAGUGUAAACAUUGGCUCCAGAUGCAUGUCACUGUUGAAGUGACAGCCUGAUCCCAUGUGCAAAAAUGGGUGGAAAAAGGUUGUGACCUGAUGGAUGGAUGGAUUCAAGAAUUUAUCCGCAGCACAACAAAAAUUUCAUUUCUUGUAUAGAGAAGGAAUAGAUUACCAUAUUAUAUGCUUUUUGCCCUCCAUCAGUCUGCUUAAAAGAAAAAAAAAAAUAAUUUGCUAAAAGGGAAUACAAUAUCUUUGUGGCAAAGGCAUCUGUAGUACUGUGUUGUAAACAGUAUGUUGAUCAGUGUAGAAAGUGUCCACCCAGUCGUUGUUGCUGGGGCCAUGCUUUCUGAGAGCACUUGCAUCUAAGAGUAAAGCAAAUGUUGUUGUAAUCUGGGAUUAUCAUAAAGUCCGAGUAUCAGGUGUAUGCUGAAAAUCAGUGUGUGGCAAUGUGGUUCGUAAUUCUUGCUAUAUUACUUCCGAUGUGCAGAACUAAGGUACCACAGAUAUUACCUGGUGGAUGGUAGAGGUUUUGCUGAAGGAUAGAUGUGUGCUAUAAGAUUUUAUCAGCAUUUGAUCAUAAUACUACUGUUGUGUAUACUAUUUUGUCAUUUCCUCCACUUUACGACUCUGCUCGUUCAGAAGUCUUUUAUUCCUAUAUUAGUAUGCCCUUGGAAAUAGCUUAUGUAAAGUAAGGGACAUUACAUUGAAGGGAGUAUGGAGCACCCCCCCCCUUUGAAAAACACUUCAUUUUGAUCAUUCUUAAGAGUUCACCUUGCCAAGCUCCAUUUUGUCAAAAAAGAUACAAUGAGCUAAAAUAAAAGCAUACACAGACUGUAAAGUGAGCUGACGGGGCAAGUAAUCAAGUGUGCAUCUGUGUGCUUGGGAUUCAUUAUGUGGAGAGCUUGUUUCCCUAUCUGUGUUGUUUUUCUAGGGGGUUCAUAAGUAAAUACCUUGCCUUAUAUGAGUGAGACAGAAAUAGACUUUUUGUUUUUAAAUCAACUCAUGUUUGGUUGAAGUUAGUAUAUAUAUUUCAACAGUAUCCUAGGGAUCUGGAGGCAAGAAAGUCACUUGUUGCCCCAGAGUUCCUUAUUCUUGAAGUUACUGUAUUUAGUAAUGUGGUGUAGGGAGAUUGCUCCAUUAAAGUGUGUGUGUGUGUGUGUGUGUGUGUGUGUGUGUGUGUGUGUGUGUGGUAUGUGUGAUGUGUGUGGUAUGUGUGAUGUGUGUGGUAUGUGUGAUGUGUGUGGUGGGUUCAACAAUGCAUGCCAUCAACUUUCAGUUUUGAUAAUUACCAGUACAGUGUAUGAUGGCGCAGUAUUUAAAUUUAGAUCCCAUUUUCCAUUUCCAUCAACCUCCUACUUGGUGACUCUUUCAUUUUGCCCAUAUUGUUCUGAAUAUUUUUUACUAUAGCCUGUCAUAAGACUUGGCAGAAAGCAAGUUUUAUCCAAAUUGUAGUGGUUGUUCCCUUUUAUUUUAUUACAGUUCAUCUAAUACAUUCAUUUUUUCAUUUAGUUGAAAUCUGUAAAACUAGUAUGAUUUUAUAUUAAUUUACUGCAUAACAUUAUGAUCAAGGCUGUUGCCCCACCACCACCAAAAAAAGAAUGCAUGUAUAUAGAGCGGGACCAAGGGUUUAAAACUGAAAAAGGUGUUGUGCUUCCUGGCUGUGGAGUAACUGGGAGAUGGAAUGUAAACAGUCAGGGUGCAGUGGCACAGCCUACUACUUUAGUGUUGCAGGGGCUUUGCUCGCCCUUAGAAGAUUGCAUAUUUUGUUUUAAACGCCUUGUUCUCUGAUUUGGUUUUGAUAUAUUGCUCUUUUUAGAAAUAGUCUUUCAAGUUCCAAACACUGUAAUAGAGACUUCAUCAUUUUUGUCUGACGUUUUAACAUUUGGGAGCUGAUGUAGCAUAUAUACUGUGGAGAACAUGCAGACAGUAUUUUCUCAUUGAAAAUACUCGGGACUGGAUGCUGAGUUAUUCUCUCAUUACUCUACUUUCAGUUUAAAAUCUAAAUGAACAAGCUGCAGGAAUUCAGUUUUUGAUUUAUGUUAACAUUGGUGCCUCAAUCAUAAACAUCUUGGCUGCUAUUUUAAUAUGUACAAAUAAUUAUCUAGUUGAUGAAACUAAAAAUAAUGGAUUAUUUCAUCUGAAAUUUUAGUAUUUUCUGUUUUAAUCUGAGUUUGGUAUUAUUAGUAACUUAAAUGUUUCAUUUUGGUACAGAAUUGCUGCCAGCAACACUCUGAACUGUUACAUAACACUAACUUUGAUUAUUUUGGAUAACUUGCAUAUUAAUAUUUUUAUGUAAAAUGCCCUCUGAUGCUGAAAGUACCUUAAAAGAGCAAGAGAGUUUAAAGAUCAUUAAAAGUAAAUAUUACACAAAGUA